GGCCCCCCUGCCGCCAUGAUGCAGCGACGCAGCCACGUGAGCUCGAGCUGUCUCGCGGUGACCAUGCUGUUGGUCCUGCCCUGCGCUCUGUCUUUCUCGCCUCUACCUCUCUCAGCUCUGGUUGAUAGAGAUCCACGCGCCUCUCCUACGAUCCUAAGGUGCUCCUCGCGCGCUGCGAGGGUCAGAAGCGCCAAGGCGAUUGUUCUACGUGCUUCUAUUGUGGAGCCGAAUGAGAAGGAGAAGGUGCAGGAUGCAGAUGAUAGUAAAUCACAGUCUUUGUUUGGAAAGGCUGAAGUCUUGGAUGACAAGAUUUUGGAACUCGAAGUUGCAAAGGGCCAGAAGCAAAUAUCAGAGCUCGCAACGCUCACUAACGCCGAGGUUCAGACACUUCAAAAGAAGAUUGAAGAGGAGAUAAACCUUGCGAUGGAAGGCGCACAGCUGGAGCUUCUUGAGGAGUAUGAUCAGAAGACACAAGCCAUCUUGAAAGACAUGAUGAAGCAGCGCGACAUCAUACGGCAAGAGGCAUCCAACAUCGAAGAGUUGAAGAAACAGCUGGACAGUCCAAUGUGGUGGAAGAGCCGUGGAAAUACAGAGAAGAAGUCGAAAGACAAUUUCAUUCCGAUGGCGCUUGCCUGGACCUUUGGACUUGCAGCAGCCAAUGAGAUCUACAGUGGAAUGCAGAGCGAUGAAGGUUUAUCCUUUAUAGGGGGAGGGAAAGCCGUUCUUGAUUCCCUUCUCUGCAUUGUAUCUGCUUCUAUCGCUAUGCGCAAAUCUAAGUCUAAGGCAAAGGAAUGAUCGUCCAACCUGAUGAUGCAGACACUGCAAUGAAGGCGCGUAGAAGCAAAAGGGGGGAGCCUGCGUCCUGGUGGCGAUUGGUUUGACAGAAUUUGGUGGCCGGCGACUCGAAAGUUCGUCUCGAAGCUGUCGCCGCCGUGUAGUGUAAUGAAUUUCAUUGUUAUGUUC